AUUAUGUAAUUAACCCAACAGUCACUGUUAUUUAAAGAGUAUUUUUUUUUAAUGUCAAAUAUGAAAGUGGCUCAAGUUGCGCUUAGCUGGCUUAGCACUCUCCGCUCUGAUGUCAGGCUACCCUCUUUAUGUCGAUCACAUUUUACCUACUAUCCCACUUCAUUGGGAACUGGAAAAAAAAUGAAUAUGUUCAACGCUAUAAACAAUGCAAUGGAUUUGGCGCUAAGUGAUGACAAAUCGGCAUUGUUGUUUGGCGAAGAUGUAGGAUUUGGUGGAGUUUUUCGUUGUUCUGUUAAUCUACGAGACAAAUACGGAAAGGAACGUGUUUUCAAUUCACCUCUAUGUGAGCAAGGAAUCGCAGGUUUUGCGAUUGGUGUGGCUAAUACAGGAACUACCGCAAUAGCUGAAAUUCAAUUUGCGGACUACAUAUUUCCGAGUUUUGAUCAGAUAAUUAAUGAAGCUGCCAAGUACCGGUAUCGAAGCGGUGGCCUCUUUGACUGUGGAUCCUUAACAUUUAGAGUUCCUUGUGGUGCUGUUGGACACGGAGCAUUAUAUCAUUCUCAAAGUCCUGAAGCAUAUUUUGCUCACACUCCGGGACUUCGUGUUGUGGUUCCUCGUGGACCGAUAAAGGCGAAAGGUCUUCUCCUUGCAUGUAUUCGUGAUCCAAACCCUUGCAUCGUUUUCGAACCUAAAACUUUGUACCGAGCAGCUAUUGAGGAAGUGCCAACAGAAUACUACACCUCGGAACUCGGAAAAGCUGACAUUCUGAGGCAUGGAAAAGAUGUCACACUUGUUGGCUGGGGUACACAAGUCCAUGUGCUAUUAGAGGUAGCUGAACAGGCGAAAAUGGAUUUUAAUGUCGAUUGUGAAGUUAUUGAUUUGGUUUCUAUUUUGCCGUGGGAUACUAAUGCAAUAUGUACCUCUGCAAAAAAAACCGGGCGAGUUAUAAUUGCGCACGAGGCACCGUUAACACAGGGAUUUGGCUCAGAACUAGCAUCUUACAUUCAAGAAAAGUGUUUUUUGUACCUAGAAGCACCCGUAAAACGAGUGACUGGAUGGGACACACCUUUUCCUCAUGUCUUUGAGCCUUUUUAUUUGCCUGAUAAGCACCGAUGCUUGUCAGCUAUAAGAGAAAUUGUUAACUAUUAAAACGAAGGUUUACACAUCUAAUGGCGGUUUUAUGUCUGCAUGAUUUAGCUUACCAAAAAAAAAAUCGAAAAAGCAAUCCGUAUGAUGUUUAACCAUAUACACUAUUAGAGAUUGAACCGAAAGCAUUUAUAUUUGAAAUAAUUCAUGUUACUCGUUAAAAACCCAAAUAAAACAAAUGUUCUAUUCAAUAUAA